AUGCUAAGCACAAUCACAAAGUCAUACACAAGACGGGAUAAGAAAGCACGAACCGGUUGCCGCCAGUGCAAGCAGAAACGCGUUCGGUGUGACGAGACACGCCCAGCAUGUAUCAACUGCGUUCGCAAGGGCCGGGUAUGUCCCGGGUAUCAGGUUUCCCUCUCCUGGUCUACGAAGCACGAGCAGCCGACUUCAAGGACAUUUCAGAGAGCCUCCGGACCCGCCGAUUUUGAGCAACUUGCAAGUGCUGCCUCGCAAGUCAUCCAUUACGGUGCGCAAAGAGGAGGAAGAACCAAUCUUGACCGGACCUCCCCGGACGCUGCCCCUAUACUGGAGCAUUGUGGUCAAGAUGGAGCUGGACCACAAACUCCACCCUUCCUAGUUAGCCACGACGAUGGAAUGCAACCUCUUGCAGCCGCUAUUACAUCUCCAAUUGGCUACUAUUCACCACCCUCGAAUACAGCACCACCACCGCUUGUCGAUGCGCUUACGCCGGUAUCGAUGGAGUACCCAUAUGACUUCGAUAUGUCUACUGCCUCUGUGGUGGCAGACACCGGGUGGGUCAGUGACGACGGGUAUUCUUCUAUUAUGACCUCUCCUCCCACGGGUACCCCUGCAGUUCCAAGCAUCCCAUUCAGCUGUCCGGAUCAAUUGAGUGUUUUGGAUACGCCGACAGCUGGCUUGGUUCAUCUUCCGACAUUCUUGGUACAACACUGGUUCGAUUCGGUGUGUCGUCAUUGGUCCGCGUUCGAUUCAGAAAACAACCCUGUCAGAUCCAUGGCAGCGUCUCUCUGGGGCUCCUCCCGAAUUGUGUUUUACUCUCUUCAAAACAUGUCCGCUGCAGCUCUGGUAGAAUAUAUGCCAGACGUGAAAGAGAUCGCGAGCAGUGCUCCUGCACUCGCUGUCGAAGCAAUCAGCGAAGAGCUGACAGAGCUUUACACAUCCGACGCAGGCAUUACACAAUUUCCGAAGGGGCUGAUGUUGGGACUGAUUUGCAUGGGCUCUUCCAUGUGCUGGGAUGACCCCCAGAAGACAGGAGCCCAUUUUUACCGCCAGGCUAGAAAGCUGAUGCGUCACUACAAGCUGAGAAGUGAUUAUCUGUCGCACGAGGAUCGACAGCUUCUAGAGUUCUUCGGCGGAUGCAUGAAAUACGAAAAGAUGUUACGCGACGUGAUUGGAGAACAGGAAGACAAAGCAAUCCGAACUUCAUCCUGCGGGGAGCGGCGACAGCGGAAACUCUCCAUAGCGCCUCAUGCGUGGACUGGCGUCUCUCCUGACCUGCUCGGCCUGUUUGGUGACGCCAUGUCACUAUGUCAAAGAGAGUGUGCAAGGCGAAGAGAGCAGACCAUGACGCGGGAGAGUUACAAGGUGGCUCUGGAUGCCAUUGAUGAGGCACAGAUCCUCGAAGAGGCACUUCUUGCCGUUGAGCUCACGGACAUUCAAUCUGCUGAUCAGCAGUGGGCCGAUGCCACGAGAUGGACUCAUCUGUGCGACACCACGGAAGCCUAUCGUGUAGCAUCUUUACUGCAGCUGUACCAAACAUUUCCAGACCUCAUUGCUCGACGCAUUCCUGGGCAGGUUGGACCCGAUGGCCUUGUUCCGAACGGCUCUUGGCUCCUGCCGCUCGCAUUGCACCUGAUUACAAUCCUGCAGAGGACACCGUCAAAUUCUGACCUACGGUGCGUCCAGCCUCUUCUCUAUCUGUCAGCGGGAAGCUGCCUUAGGUUCGAUGAUAUCCCGGUAUCUCCAGCUCGCCGGGGUUGUACUGCUGGCGAUAUUACAGGUCUAUCAGCCAUUCAUACACCAGGUUCACUGGUACCUCUACUCUCAUCGACAUAUUUGUCACAGAAAGAGGACUCAAUGGCGGAGGUACUAGAUGUAAGUCGUGCGAGAAGUCUUGUCACAGAACGGCUGGAACAACUUGAACAUUUGUUACCGCCCAAGCCCAUUCGUACAGCGAAACAGUUGAUGAAGGACACCUGGGAAGUUUUUGACGCUGAAAUUUCCCCACUUCGUAAAACACACUGGUUGGAUGUCAUGGCAUCGACAGGAUUGAAGACUCUGUUUGGGUAG